AUGGAUAUUUUCCUGGACGUUCUGGAUACCUUGGUCCUCGACCGGUGCUACGCAUUACUCUCGCCAGACCCAACAGCCAUCUUCAACAAUGAUACUCAAGCCACUGCCCAUUUGAACCAACAUGUCGGUGUCUAUUACCCCAUGCAGCCCUCAAAAUGGGCGGAGGCAAGCCUUUGGAAGAGAGACGACAUUGCCAGACAAGCAUUGUCACUGUACGUGAUUAUAUGGCUUUUCGCAAUGAUAAUGUACCUCCUCGGUAGCCUGCUACUAUACCACACCCUCUUCGACAAAAGACUACUCCAACACCCGCGCUUCCUCGCACACCAAGUCAAACUCGAGAUCAACCAAGGCGUAUCCGCAAUCCCUGUCAUGGCCCUCCUCACCGUCCCAUUCUUCCUAGCAGAGAUCAGGGGCUGGUCGAAACUAUAUGAUCUCACCAGCGACUCCCCGUUCUUCGGAUACACCUUGCUCCAGUAUCCAUUGUUCAUCUGCUUCACAGACAGUGGCAUUUACUGGAUACACCGUGGUCUGCAUCACCCUAGCGUCUACCGCUGGCUUCACAAGCCACACCAUAAGUGGGCGGUGCCGACACCGUUCGCUAGUUAUGCGUUUCACCCCCUCGAUGGAUGGGCGCAGAGUCUCCCCUACCAUGUUUACCCGCUGCUCUUUCCGUUGCAGAAAGGGGCAUAUUUGGGGUUGUUUAUGUUUGUUACUGUGUGGACGGUGCUGAUCCACGACGCCGAGUACUUGCCAACAUCGGUGGUAAUCAACGGUGCUUCUUGUCACACGAUGCAUCACUUGUACUUCAACUACAACUAUGGGCAGUUUACGACGGCGUGGGAUCGCCUCGCGGGAACAUACCGAAAGCCCAAGGGGGAUAGUUUCAUGGAAGGCCAGCAAAUGGGUGGGAAAGGGAAACUCGGAGAUAAGUGUGAAUGA